CUCCCCUCUGACUUGCCAUCCUCUGAGCUUUUUAGAUGUACAUAAUCCCUGAGUUGACCCAGAAAAUAGGCAGUCGUUUCAAGAUCUGAUGCGGCAGUCUUUGUGCGCACCGUCCCCGCUUUGAGCAUGAAGUGUAACCCCGAGGAAUACGUCCUGUAAUCCGGAGGACCUUCGCCUCGCACAGGGAAACUGAAGUCGCGCAACUUUGAGAAAACGCAGCGGACACGGGUGAGCGAAUAUAUACGGAGGCAUGGCCGAUCAUAUGAUGAUGCCCAUGAAUCACAGCUCAGCAGGCACCGGUCUCCACGGUUACAGGAUGGGCAUGAAUGGCGGCCUGCAGGCAGGUCACCAACAGCACGCCAACCAGCAGGGCAUGAGGGCGCUUCCCAACGGCCAGAUGAUGCACUACGGAGGCAACCAGGCCAGCAUGGAGGCCGCCAUGAGGCAGCGGCAGGCCAUGGUGGGCGGGCCCAUGAAUGGACAGCUCAACGGGGCCCAGAUAGGUCACCACCAGAUGACCUCUGGUAACAUGAUGUACAAUGGACAGCCUCAGCAGCAGCAGCAACACCAACACCACCACCACCACCCUCAGCAGCAGCAACAGCAGCAGCAGCAGCAGCAUCACAUGCAUCCGCAGCAGCAUCAGCAGCAGGCCCAGCCGCAGCAGCAGCAGCAACAACAACAGUUCAUGAAUGGAGGUUUAACGUCUCAGCAGCUCAUGGCCAGCAUGCAGCUCCAGAAGCUAAACACCCAGUACCAUGGACACCCGCUGGGACCUAUGGGUGGGAACCACAUGGGGCCUACAAACCAGUACCGAAUGAACCCAGCUCAACUGGCUAGCAUGCAGCACAUGGCCGGGCCCGCGCUGGCCCUGAAUGGAAUGGACGCAGAUAUGAUUGACGAGGACGUCCUGACGUCACUAGUCAUGGAACUGGGCUUGGACCGGGUCCAGGAGCUACCAGAACUCUUCCUGGGCCAGAACGAGUUUGAUUUUAUCUCAGACUUUGUGAGCAAGCAGCAACCCAGCACUGUCAGCUGCUGAAAGGACCUUUGUCUGUGACAGGCCACACUUGGAGGAGGAGGUGUCAGCAUUGUCCAGGGAGGACGGAGAGAGGCGGUUGGGUGGGCUUUGAUUUUUCAUGAGCACGGACCAGUACAACUAAACUGAAGUUGCAGUGCUGGGUGUGUAGAAGAGAACUCUGGAUAUCCACAGCUUGUGUUGGGUUGUGGCUGGAGACAGUUCCUCAUCCCGGACAUGAAUGUAACAAAGAAAUCCUUAAAUUCUCAAAAGCCACUGAACAAUACUAUGACACUAUGUAGCCUCUAAGUCUGGACUCUGUGACAGUUAACCAGUGAAAAAGGUGUAUUUAUUUAUUCCUAUCUGAGAAAACUGAUAAGCAGAAGAGCCACCUUCUCUGUUUUGGGAUCCAAGUGGUUUUUAUGAUCUUUUUUUGAAAGGAUUAUUCAAAUUUUGGUUCUCUGCUCAUGAACUUUCCUAUUCUGUCUGGCUUAAUAUUAAAAUUAGCUCAUUAAAGAAA